UUAAAUCUUAUCUAUAUCAUGAUUUAAUCAAUGUUUAUCAAUACUUAAUUAUUAUUGUAGAAGAUCAAAAUUCAAAAAUGUUUAAAGUUUCAAUAGUAUUCUGACAAACCAGAAUCCAACACACAAAUUAGAAUAAUAAUGGUUGUUGUCUUCUUGUCGAUCGCGUAUUGAUGUAUAUGUUUUUUCGUAGGUGCCUAUAAGUCACCGUCUACUCUCAUCGACAACGAAUUAACUUAUUAAUAUAAUAUCGAAUACGAAGAUAUACAGCUCUAAAAUCGGAGUGUUACCAUUGUAAGAAAAAAUAUUUAAACUCUUUCGACCACACACGUCCUUCUUUGUUAGUGUUGACGCAUUUUGAACAAAACGACAACGCCUGGCAAUUAUCUGCACAGUAGUGAGGAUUUUGCAUUAAUAAGUUGAUAAAACAAUCAUUUCUCAUCAUGUCAGCAGACGAUGUAGAAUCUGAAAUCCAUUUCAUGAAAACUUACAGUAUAUUGAAAUGGGACGAACUAAUAAAACUAAACGAUGAUCGUAAAUCACUUAACCAAAAGAUUACGCUUGGAUUAGCUACCAAAGAUGAAUUAUUGAAACAAAUAAAAGUUGAAUUAAAUAUGCUAGAUACGUGUCAACUUAAAAUUGAUCAAGAAAUGAAAGAAAAUAACACAGUGUAUAUUAACACUGAAAUACUUACCAUUUUAUCAAAUCGUAUCAAUGAUAUGUACAACAAUAUGUUUUUACUAUUUCCUGUUGAAAAAACUUCAUUAACAGAAUAUAUUGAAUUCUGCUCAAAUAAUACAUUAUUUAUUACUAAAUGUAGCAAUAUGUUGAAUACGCUCAUGUUGAGAUACCAUAGUGAUCCUGAAGUGUAUAUAACUGCAGCAACAUAUGAGUUUGAUGACCGAAAUGAUGUUGAUUCAGCUAGACAAUAUUUUUCAGAAGGAUUAAAAUAUCAUAAAAAUUGUAAACGUUUAUACGUAGAAGAGUUCUGGGUAGAAGUACAACAUUUAGAAAAGACUGCAGGUGCCUCACUUUCGAUUGCCAUGGGAAAAUAUAGAAACCUCAUAAAACAUUUUGAAGGUGAUAUCAAAUUUCAUUUUAUAUUAUUGGACAGAGCAAUAAAAUUAAGUGCAGUUAGAGAACUACAAUGCAAUAUUGUCAGAGAUAUGGUUAGAAAGUAUAGGCAUAGUGAACUAAUGUGGCAAAAAUUAGCUAAAAUUCACUUUGAUGGGUUUAUCUAUCAUCAAGAAACUGAGCAAUUACACUACGAUAAAAAUUAUAUUAGUGGUAUUAGAAACUGCAUUAAAACUUAUGAAGAUGGAUUAAAAGAAAAUUUACCAUUAAAAAAUAAACAUAAAUUAUGGAACUUUUAUAUUGAUCAUGUUAUAGAAAUUAGAAAAUCCUAUCGCAUGAAAAAAGAAACAAUAAGAAAUUUUAUGAAUGAAACAAUGGAGCGAACCUUUCAAGAAGCGCACAAUAACAAGGCAUUACGCAAAUCUGAACAUUAUAUUUAUUGGGCUAAAAACACAAAUAAAGACGGUCAUAGAAUUCUGAGAAAAGCAGUUGAAGUGAUAGAAGAUAGUGUAGAGCUCUGGAUUCAUUUAAUAUCAUAUUAUUUGAGCUAUGACUGUCUUGAAAUGGGUAUUGAAGCUUUUCAAGCUGGUGUUCGAGCUUUAACAAGCAAAUCGAUGCCUCUAUGGGAAAUUCUAAUUUUAUACUUGGGAAACACUCAUCCGAAAUUGCUCCAACAAUUAUAUCACGAAGGCUCACAUUUUCCAUUCCCAGAAAUUAAUUUUAUAAUCAGACCUGAAUAUUUGGAAUGGAGCGUAGUUCAUAAUGGAAUACUUUCAACUCGUGAAUUGUUCAUUGAACUUAGAGAUAUAAAACCAGAAUGUAAACAGUUGUAUACAACCAUGAUUUCAUUUGAACACACUCAGAAUUCAGGAAUUACCAAAUUGAGAACUAUUAGAAAAUUGUAUAAUGAUGUAUGCAAUACUUUUGGCCAAACAGACAUUAAAGUAUGGUCUGACUGCAUUCGUUUUGAAUAUAAAUAUGGUUCCCAUAAAUUAGUGAAAGAAAUUUAUAAGGCAUCAUUACUAUGUUUAGAACCAUAUUUAAGAAAUGUUAUGGCAAAAGAGUUUGAAAAACUUAAGGAGGAAUUUGUGGAGGAUGAUCCUAAAGAUGAAGGAGUUAUUGUUAUUGAUGAUGAUGAAUGAUUUUAUAGUUAAGAAAACAAUUAUAUAGGUUUGUGUGUGUAUUUAUUUUAUUUAUAUUCAUCUUCAUAAUUAGUGACUUGUGUACUUCAUUUUUUUUUUUUAUAUAUCUGUGAUAUUAAGCUAAAGACUGUUUAUUAUUUAUAGUUAUUUUUAUUAAUUUUUUAAUUGGUUUAAGCAUAAAACAACAAUAUAUUAAUUUCUUUAAGUCAACCAAUUGCAGUAAGUGAUAUAUUUAAAAAUGUAUUAAUUAUUUUUUUUCUAUAAUACGUACAUCACUUUACUCCAGUUUUUACAAAAUUGAUUUUUUUUUUUAUUUCAUUUUAAUUUUAAAAAAUAUAAUUCUAAAAACUUAAAAUUUUUAGCAACUGUUUAUAUCAUCAAUUUCUAUAAAUGAAAUAAUUUUUAAAAUAUUAUACUUGUUUUGAGUUAUAUAUGGCUAUUCAAAAUUUUUUCAAAUUUUUUUUUUAGUUUUAUUCUAUAAAUGACAAUAAAAAAAUUAUUGCUGAGUCAAAACUUGAAAAUUUUAUAUAAGUUAAUAUAUGUAUAUAAAUUAUAAAAUAUAUAUUCACAAUUUUUUUUUUGCAUUUUUAGUUCAAAUUUGUAUAAAAUUACACAUUUUAAUGAUAAAUAACGUACAAUGAUUGGUACUUUGUUACAAUUUAAAAACAUCGUUUGUGGAAACUUAAAAUUUUUAUAUUGUAUAUUAUGAAUUUUUAUAUAUUAUGCAAUAAUAUUUUCAAAAUAGAGAAUAAAAAUUUUAAUAUCUUA